UUUCUACUCCCAAUCCAAUUCUUCUGUUAAAAUUAAUAAAAAGAAAGAAAAAACCCUUUACAAGCCAACAAAAGGCCAGCAAAUUCACAGGUGUUAAUCUAUGUACCCCACAGCUGUUCCUGUUCCUGUUCCUGUUCCAGUUCGAACGAACAACUGAGACGGAAAAGCCUCUCCUCUCCACUCGGCCAAUUUUUUUUUUUUUUUUUAUUUUGGCAAUUUUCCACCUCUUUGUUUUUCUCCUUUUCUCAGGGGGUUUGCUGUUCUUCUUCUUCUUCUUCUUCUUCUUUCUCCGUGUGAACUUUCUUUCUGGGACUGACUUCCUUUCUCUCUUGCUUUUUACUUUUUCAAUCGAGAUUCAAAUCCCCUUUUAGCCAUGUCUAGUUUAUUCACUCAGAAUUUGAAUUUCUCGCCUGCAAGAGCUGGUUCUCCGCACAUAAGGAACAACCCAGAUGUUGAUGGUCAGUACUUGGCUGAGCUGUUAGCGGAGCGCCAGAAGCUUGAGCCUUUCGUGCAAGUCGUUCCCAUAUGCAGCCGACUGUUGAAUCAAGAGAUAUUAAGGGUUUCUGGAAUGUUGCCCAACCAUGGAUUUAAUGAGUUAGACAGAUUGCAACGUGCAAGCCCCAGAUCAAUGGCUUCUUCAGACAUAAUUCCAAAUCUUGGUGCAACAGGUCUAGGUGGCUGGAGUGGUCAUCCACAUGAAAGAUUCGGGGGACCUCAAGGGUUAUCAAUGGAUUGGCAAGCAGCACCAGGAAGCCCAAGUUCCUAUAUUGUGAAGAAGGUAUUGAGGUUGGAGAUUCCAGUAGACACCUAUCCAAAUUUCAAUUUUGUUGGCCGGCUUCUAGGUCCUAGGGGCAAUUCCCUGAAGCGCGUGGAAGCUUCAACAGGCUGCAGAGUAUUCAUCAGAGGAAAAGGUUCAAUAAAAGAUCCUGACAAGGAGGAGAGUCUCAGGGGAAGACCUGGUUAUGAGCACUUGAAUGAUCCACUGCACAUUUUGGUCGAGGCAGAAUUACCAGUCAACAUUGUUGAUGCUCGACUGAGACAGACCAGAGAAAUCAUAGAAGAGCUACUAAAACCUGUGGACGAGUCACAGGAUUUCUAUAAAAGGCAGCAGCUGAGAGAGCUUGCAAUGCUGAACUCCAACUUCAGAGAAGAGAGCCCGCGGCCAAGUGGAAGCGUCUCUCCUUUUGGUUCUAGUGGAAUGAAGCGUGCGAAAACCGGUUGGUAGAGACGAGCAAGCCUCUCUAAAUUCUCUGCCUAUCUAAGUUAUGGUCAGUCUGGGGGGGCUCAGAUGCUACAUGUGGAGGACGAUGCCAUAUUAUACUUCUGAAUAAAAUCAGUCUUGAUUUCCUAUAACUUAAAAAAGAAAAAGAAAAAAAAAAGGAGUGGGCUAACAAACAUGGCCAGCAGUUGUAGUGCAGCAGAAUUUACUCAGCAGCAUAAGGUAGCACAAGGAAGAAAGAAAAAGAACCAACAUUUUCUCUUGACUUGACUUGUGUGUUGUUGUAAGCAUAGAACAAAAUUAUUGAAUUUAUUUGUUAUUAAAUUGGGCAGUGUUUCAAUA